AUGUCACAUUCCGAGUCGGUGUCGCCUCUACGUUCCCAUUUAACUAUCGGACCUCAUUCUCAGUCAUUACGAUCUCCAAUGCGAACACCGUUCAGCCAUGCACACACCUAUAGUGUCAGGGAGCGAUCUAUUAACGAGGUGCUCCAUUAUGAACCAGACUCUUAUGCUCGGCUUUUACAAAUGAAUCAAUGUUAUGAAGCAAUGCCAACCUCGAGUAAAAUGGUUAUAUUCGACACCGAACUGGUUUUAUGGAAAGCCUUCAAUGGACUUGUUUACCAAAACACUAGGCAUGUGCUGCUUUCAAAUGGCGAACGUGGUGGAUUAAUUACGGGCAUUCUCUCAGUUACAGAUUUUAUACGGGUUAUGCUGAGGUUGCGUAGAGAGCGAGGACAGGCAGAUGCAUUAGUGGAUGAUAAACAAGACUUGGGAAAAUUAACUAUACAAAAGUAUAGAGAACUUGUGCAAAAAGAAGGAAAGCUCAAGGAAUUAGUGUACAUAAAUGCUAAUAACAGUUUAUUGGAGGCUGCUAGAUUACUUGCUCAGCAUCGUAUACAUCGUCUGCCUGUUCUUGAUCCAGAAUCGGGCAGCCCACUCUUCAUCCUCACUCACAAACGAUUGCUCAAGUUUCUUUGGUGUUUCGGUCAACAGUUUUCCCAACCUGAUUAUCACAUUCGAACUGCCAAGGAUCUGAAUGUUGGCUCAUGGGUCGGAAUCCGUGUGGUCUUUCCAGACACUCCUUUAACGAUCUGCCUUGACAUUUUGCUAAAUAAGGGCGUUUCUGGUGUACCAGUCGUCUUUCCAGACACUCCUUUAACGAUCUGCCUUGACAUUUUGCUAAAUAAGGGCGUUUCUGGUGUACCAGUCGUGGAGCGAGACACCUUCAAGGUUAUCGACAUGUAUUCACGAUUUGAUGCAGUUGGAAUCGCAUUGGAGGAAAGCGCUGAUAGUCUGGAUGUUAGCGUUGAGCAAGCUCUCAAGUUUAAAAACUUGGGCAGGAAUGAUCAAGAUCGUGUUGUGUCUGUAAGGGAUACCGAUACCUUGUGGAAAGCUAUAACCGUCCUUGUGGAGCGAAACGUUCAUCGCUUAUGUGCGGUCAAUGAAAAAGGCGCCAUAGAGGCUAGUGACAUCUUUUUUCGUUUUGCUAUUGCAGAUUUCCUUAUUUCUAACAUUGGUAUAAUUUCGCUUUCUGAUGUGAUCAAUCAUAUGGUGGUCAAACCUGGUGCAAACUUGAAACCAAUCCGGGUUCCACGCCGUCAUUACACGUCCCAUCCAUAUGACUGCAGCGACGUGGAUUUACGUAAUCGCCUACAGGACAGUGCUACUCUUCUUGAAGAUACGGCCACUGGAAAGCUUCGGAAGGACAUUAGUAACCUCAGUCUUCGUUGA